AUGUUCCUGGUGGUCCAGCCUCUUCUCUUUAUUUGCCACAACAUACAAACCCCAAUCAACCCACCAAACCCCAAUCAACCCACCAAACCCCAAUCAUCCCACCAAACCCCAAUCAACCCACCAACCCCAAUCAACCCACCAAACCCCAAUCAACCCACCAACCCCAACAACCCACCAAACCCCAAUCAACCCACCAAACCCCAAUCAUCCCACCAAACCCCAAUCAACCACCACCCCAAUCAACCCACCAAACCCCAAUCAUCCCACCAAACCCCAAUCAACCCACCAACCCCAAUCAACCCACCAAACCCCAAUCAACCCACCAACCCCAACAACCCACCAAACCCCAAUCAACCCACCAACCCCAAUCAACCCACCAACCCCAAUCAUCCCACCAACCCCAACAACCCACCAAACCCCAAUCAUCCCACCAACCCCAACAACCCACCAAACCCCAAUCAUCCCACCAACCCCAACAACCCACCAAACCCCAAUCAUCCCACCAACCCCAACAACCCACCAAACCCCAAUCAUCCCACCAACCCCAACAACCCACCAAACCCCAAUACCCACAAAACCCCAAUCAUCCCACCAAACCCCAAUCAACCCACCAACCCCAAUCAACCCACCAAACCCCAAUCAUCCCACCAAACCCCAAUCAACCCACCAACCCCAAUCAACCCACCAAACCCCAAUCAACCCACCAACCCCAACAACCCACCAAACCCCAAUCAACCCACCAACCCCAAUCAACCCACCAACCCCAAUCAUCCCACCAACCCCAACAACCCACCAAACCCCAAUCAUCCCACCAACCCAACAACACCAAACCCCAAUCAUCCCACCAACCCCAACAACCCACCAAACCCCAAUCAUCCCACCAACCCCAACAACCCACCAAACCCCAAUCAUCCCACCAACCCCAACAACCCACCAAACCCCAAUCAACCCACAAAACCACAAUCAACCCACCAAACCCCAAUCAUCCCACCAAACCCCAAUCAUCCCACCAACCCCAACAACCCACCAAACCCCAAUCAACCCACCAACCCCAACAACCCACCAAACCCCAAUCAACCCACCAACCCCAACAACCCACCAAACCCCAAUCAACCCACCAACCCCAACAACCCACCAAACCCAUAG